UUUUCAAACAUUUUUUGGUAUCUUCAGAAUUCAAAAUUUUUGUGAAAUUCAUGUAUACACUCAAUCGUACAUAAAAAACCAAAUGGCAAACUGUUAUUGUUGCAAACAGAGAUACACUUGGACAUUACCGGAUCCACGAAGACUGAGAUAUGACCAAGAUAAGUACAGUGGUCGUUUCAUGGAAUUAUUCCAACUCACCAAUCCAAUCUAUCUGUUCUAUUUACCGAGCCAUUUCAAAUGCGCAAGACAUAUCAUUAAUACCAUUGAAGUCGAUGGAUACAGACCUUGGCAUGUAACAAACAAUCAAAUAUGGCAAGCGAAAACUGCAUACGAUUCGACAUUCGGCCGCACGGGUCAGAAGGUGCAAUUUUUUGCAAGGCCGAAGUUUUAUGUUCCAUUAAAGACAUUAUUAUUCUUCGGAAUGUUAACUUAUUAUAAAGAUCCAAUGCACUUGAUAGCGUUCCAAGUGAUUAACCAAGCAUUUAAUCUCAAUGUCAUUAGGAACCAAAGAAAUCCACCUGCAGACCCAACAACAUUACAACAAAUUACUUCAUUCUUAUUUGGUUCACUCGCUUCCGCCUCUACUGCUUUUUAUUUGCAACGAUAUUUACGUGCGCAGUGUGCGACUAAGUUGAUGAUGAAGUUGGUGCCGUUCUUUGCGGUAGCAGCUGCGCAUUGUGUGAGUACUCCAUUCAUUAGAGCUCAAGAAAUGUUUGAAGGAAAGCCGGUGUUCGACUGUUGUGGAUGUAAAUUGGGUGUGUCUAAAUUCGUGUCACAUAAAUCAGUUACUCUCGAUAUAUUAGUCAAUAUUCUUAAAGUGGCUCCUCCUUUGGUAUUAACACCAUAUGCCUUGGAUUGGAUGAAAAAUAAUGGUACCAUGUGCAGAUUUCCAUGGUUGAAGUAUCCUGCUCCCAUAGGCAUUUUGUUCGUUAGUUUGGCUCUGAUAUCACCUUUAGUCGGAGCGUUCUUUAGACAACGAAGAACUAUUGCUUUUAGUAAUUUAGAUCACGAAUUAAGAUGUAAGGCUGCGAGUAAAGUAUAUUAUGGAAAAACGCCAGAUUAUGUUUGCUACUGCGCAGGACCACCUCUACCAUUUUAAUUAUUGAGUUGAAGAGUGAACUAUUUUUAUAUCAUAGUGGAAUAUCAACAAUUAAAUAAGUUUCUAUCCUCAUUGCUAUAAGAUAGUAAAUAAUUUGUGAAAUGGCCUGUAGUAUUUGGAAAUCUUUUAAAUUCUAAACUGAUUUUUUCCUUUCUUAUUAAUAUUUAUUAAUAUUGUUUUCUAUCGAAUCUGAAACAACGAAACUAUAGGUUAUUUAUAUGCACAUAAACAAAAUACAUCCUUUUAAAUAUCUAACAUUUCAAUAAUUUAUUAUAGAAGAUCAAAAUAUAUAAAUAAAUUAGAUGCAGA